GACCCACGGAUCACCUGUGCAAGAUGAGUGCACGUGCCCCUGUGAGCGGCACUGCCUGCCCUCUUGUCUUCUCUCUGGGACCCCAGGACCAACGCCUCCUCUUCCUCCUUCUCACCCUACUCAGUGUGAUGACAAUGAGGAUGAAGACCCUUAUGGUGACCGACUUCCACUUAAUGAGUGGCUCUGAGCCCUUAGGAACAAUGACCUAGGUCAAUUAAUCUUUGUAUAUCCAAGGACUGAAAACCUACUCUACGUAUAGUGGAUGCUUCAGAAAACUUUUUGACAUGACAUAUAAAAGCCUUACUGUGUGGAUUAUCUCCUGGGCAUGCACAUUGAGAGAUUUGGGAAAUGCACUAAAUAACAAACCAUCUCGCAUGGCUGAAUGAGUAUAAAAAGAAACAUGCCAGGCUGGCUGCUCUGAGUGGCAGUUCUGAGCUCACUGGUGUGGAGUCCCCUCCCCAUAAAUGUAACUGCUGUCCUUAGAAAGACGAGUUAGAGAGGACCAGACCUUCCUAUUAGGACCAGGAAUACUGGAGCAAAUCUGUGACUGGUGCUAUUACUCUGAGUUCUAACUCUGUGACCGUCAGACUCUUUUCUGGACAACUUCUUACAUGAGCUCAUGAGAAUGACUCUUGGUGAUCUGAUCCUGAAGCUUCUUUUCAUGGUCCAGACUGGGAUCGGGGUCCUGGGGAACACCUUUCUUCUCUUAACCUAUGCCUCCACAUCCUGCACUGGCCAGGCGCUGCGGCCCACUCACCUGAUUCUCAGCAACCUAGCUGUGGCCAACUUCUUGGUUCUUCUCUUCAAGGGGAUCCCUCAGAUGACAUUAAUCUGGGGAGUGACACACAUCCUGGGAAAAACUGGGUGUAAACUUGUCUAUUACAUCCACAGAAUGGCCCGGGGCCUUUCUCUCUGCACCACUUGUCACCUGAGCAGUUUUCAGGCCAUGACCAUCAGCCCUGGAACUGGCCGGUGGAUGAAGCUCAAAGACCGAGCUUUGAAGAACAACGGUUUCUCCUGCUUCUUGUGCUGGGUCUCCAACCUGCUGAUGAACAUCUUUGUUCCUGUACACAUAGAGGCCCUUCAGCACAUCCACAAUUCUACUGAGGCACGGAAUUACGGACUGUGCUCUUCUAAAACUCCUGGAACAUCUUCUGCUGUGAAAUAUACAACUCUAAUGACUUUCCCGGAUAUUGUGUUCAUGGGGCUCAUGGCCUGGGCCAGUGUCUACAUGGUACUUCUCCUGCUCAGACACCACCGGAGAGUGAGGCAUAUUCACACCCUCAGCAACUCCCACAGAUUCUCCCCGGAGGCCAAAGCCACUCAAACCAUUCUGCUUCUGGCAAGCACCUUCAUUUUCUUUUACUUCGUCGAUUCUAUCCUUACAAUUUAUAGUACUGUUUAUUUCAAAUCUCCCCUCUGGCUGCAACACACUACCACCUUGCUGACAUCCUGUUAUCCCACCCUCAGCCCCCUGAUACUGAUGAUUCGAGAUCCUCGGGUACCAAGUUUCUGUUUUUAGAUAGUGAAAAAAAAAAUCCCAAAUUACUAGUGGCCCCAUUCGCAAGGGAGUUUCUUUUCUCAAAGAAUCUGCUUAUUCACUUUUUCAAGCGAGGAUGUAUGGACGUCUAGAACAUGACAGACAUACGCCCAAGACACAGAUGAUAAUAGAUUUGGAUGACAUUGACUUAGCCACGUGGUGGCUUUCAGCUUCACUCGGAAGGCACGCAUACUCCCAAGUAAACCCCAAACUGUUAGCAUUAUCCUGAUGCUUUCUGAUUGCAUUUUUCCUUUGAAAUAUUUGCUGGAAGCAUAGAGGUGAGGUUGGGUAGAAAUAACUUGGGGGCAUAUUAGAAUUUUUAACGGUUCAUUAGAGCAGAUUAGAUGCAAUAUUGCAUAUUGAUAAACAAUAACAGCUUAUGUACCAACUACAACUAUAACCCAUGGGAAGCCAUUUAAUCAUUAUAAAAUUUAGGGUAUUUACC